AUGCUAACGCUUCGAAGUGACUUACUGGUCCGCCAUGAGAGACUCAGUCACCCAGGAUCCAAAGAACAGGCCGCGAAAAGAGGUGCACGCCCAUCAAAACAGCCGCGACGUUCAAUACAUACACAAAACCAAGCACUGAAUGGCCAAGACCUAGAUGCUAGCGUUUGUGAACCACAGCCCUUGGUUGAAAUUGCGUCCGUGGAAGAAACUGCUGAUCAUUCUCUUGAACCGAUUUACGCGGACUCAAGUGAAACCACUGGGACCACUUUGGAAGAAAUUGAUGGGUCAUCUCAGACCUUGAAUCAAGACAGUUCCCACGAACAGCAGCUCAAUGAUGCCAAUAUCCUCUCUCCGAGUUUCUCUACCCAAUUCCAGGCAGAAUUAACAGAAACUCUAUUAGGUGAUUCUUUUCAAGACUUGGCAGCAUUCAUGGAUAACCAUACCCCAUUUUCAGGUGAUUUCGCUUCAUUCAUCUCACCAACACAGGGGCUCGAUUUUGCUUUGGCAAACCAAUACAACGAUACUGGAUGUACAACCCCGGCUUUGGGGUCUGAUUUGAGGACGGUAAAGACACAGCAACUGACAGAGAUGGACACAUUCUCAAGACUUGGGUCGCGAUUACCGUCCUUACAGCCAGAGGAAGAUAUACAACGAGUUCCUCAAAUGAUUCGCACAGUAAAUUUAUUUGAAGGAAUGAGCACGCAGACUCGCGACGUGCUGAUUUCCAAGGUGGAAGAAUUUGCUGCGGUGGUGCCUGAAUCAUUUCAAAUGCCUUCCAGGCUAGCCAUGUCUCGUUACUUGACAGCUUAUGUUAAGGGGUUCCACGAGCACAUGCCUUUUCUUCACAUUCCCACUAUGUCAGCGGAGGGAUGCUAUAUCGAACUUGUACUAGCCAUUGCCUCAAUCGGAGGACAGUAUUGCUUUGAGCCAGAAAAAACAGUCCAACUGUUCCAAAUAAGUCACCUUAUUGCAAGAGAGCGCAUCAGGAGACAAGAUGCUAUAUCAGUAUCUCAUUCAGAUCAUGAUCAGGUGUCUAGAAGGGGCUCCUGUCACGAAAAUUGUAUUAUACAAUAUAAAGAGAACACGAUCCAAACUGCACAAGCUCUCUUGCUCCUUAUGGCUGAGGCAACAUGGUCAAACCAUCGGACAAUUAUGCGUGAAGCCCUAGCCAUUCAGAGUAUUCUAGCAACUCUCGUUCGCGAUGAUGGCCUCAAAACUACACCGCUACCAAACAAUGUUAGUUGGGAGAGUUGGGCUACAUAUGAGAGUACCAAGAGAACGAAGUGGAUAGUAUUCUGCUUCUUUAAUUUGCACACCAUUGUCUAUAACAUUCCAUCUCCGAUUCUUAGUUCGGAUGUCGAUGGAAUGCUAUUGCCUUGCCAUAUUGCAAGUUUCCGAGCAACAUCCGAAGACAAAUGGCGAAACUUGAAGGAGAACGAAUAUCGAAUCUGGUUCAAGGAUGCAUUCUCUCAGCUGUUUCAGGAAAAUUUCACCACUACUCACACUGCGCCAAACUCUACCCUCGGUAACUAUAUCCUCGCGCACGCAUUGAUCCAGCACAUCUACCUCGUCCGCGAAGUCUACCGCCAUCGCCGACGAGACAUACCAGAAGAAGAUAUUGCAUGCAUUGAGCUUGCCUUGCGAAAUUGGAAAUCUAUGUGGAAACACACUCCAGAUUCUAGCAUUGACCCUUCGAACCCUGCAGGCCCUGUGUCCUUCAACUCGACUGCACUCUUACGGAUAGCAUAUAUCCGUAUCCAUGCAGAUAUCGGACCCGGUCGUGCACUUCACACGCGCGACCCGAUACAGGUUUCCAACGCAUUUCUCAAUGCUCAGAUAAUCUCGAGGACACCAAGGCUUCUACGCGCUGUGCUGCAUGCUGCGCAUGCGUUGAGUAUUCCUAUUCGUAUUGGUGUUCAUCUUGUCGCACAGACGCAGACUUUCAGAUGGUCUAUCCAGCAUUCCCUGGCUACUCUUGAAUGUGCCUUCUUAUUAAGUAAAUGGCUCGAAGCACUAUCAUCACCUGCAGCAAUUCAGACUAUCACACCUGAUGAGCAUAGAAUGGUGAUGCUAGUAAAGACUAUGUUGGAUGAAACGGACUUUGCUGUUCCUUUAACUUUCACUGUCGGGUCACCAGCCGAAAUGAAGUUGCUGUCUGCCAAUGUUUUGCGAGUUUGGGCAAAGGUGUUCCAUGGCCCUGCACAGGUCUGGGCUAUAGUUGAUAUUGUGCGAGUUUCACUGGAGCUUUGUGCGGAUUUGGUUGAAAACGUGUGA